AGCGUCCAGCAAGCCACAGGUAAUUUGCAGGUGAGUUUCCUGACGUCAUAAGGAAGUGGACAGAGGGACAUUGGAGUUUGUCUUUCUUUGUUGUUGAACAGUUGCUCAAAAAGAACGACUCUUCGUUUAUUCAAGGCAAAACUUCUGGCACAGCAGAGAGAUGUGCACUUUUGAUAAGGACAAAGGGCCGAGAAGGCUGAUGAAAAAGGGAUUAACACUCAUCCUAGUUGGCCAUAUUAACUUCAUCCUCGGAGCUAUUGUCCAUGGCAAUGUCCUUCGCCACAUUUCCAAACCCAGUCAGCAUAUCACCACUGAAUAUACUGUAGCCAACAUCAUCUCUGUCACCUCUGGCCUGCUGAGCAUUGCUGCUGGGAUUAUUGCCAUUGUGGUGUCAAGGAACCUGCAUGUGUUAAAACUGCAAAUAGGUCUUCUAAUUGCAUCAUUCCUAAACGCCCUGCUCUCAGCAGCAUGCUGCACUGGGCUCCUCUUGGCAAUUAGUAUUACGGUUGCCCACAAUGGUGAGGGGUUGAUGCUGGGAUGCAAUGACACAAUGGUGCCCACCAAUGCUCGCUCACCUGUCAGUGCCAGGUGCCCGUUUGAUACAACAAGGAUCUAUGACACCACCCUGGCGCUGUGGGUUACUUGUGCUUUGUUGGCAGCGGUUGAGGCAGGACUGUCUCUCUGGUGCUUCAUUGUUGGAUUGGUUCUCAGAGGACUGGCACCCUGUGGGAACAGCUACAUCAAAGAGCAGUUGGAGGAAGAAGCUGAGUCCAGUCCCCACAGUAGACGCCUGAUUGGUCAGCGCUUGAACCCUGAUGCCUAACUGAUCAAAAAGCAGGAAGGACACCGCUCUGCGUAGACAAGCACACUGAAUCCCAAAACCCUACACCAGUGAGACCAGUACGUUUGCACUAAAGUCACUUAGGUGAGUUUCACUGUGGAACGGGAGUGAAAUCAAUUUAAAAAAACUGGUUCUUGCUUGGUGGUAUCUUACAGACACAUACGCUGAUUCACAUAUGGAUUACCAGGUGGCUCAAUCUGUUGUCAUUUAUAAACCAAACAGUUUAUCUUGUGUGUGAAGCUGUGAGCAGAAUACAGUUGGUUAUAUGUCAAUGCAUUUGUACCUGAUGCAACCAAUAAAUAAAUUUACAAUGAGUCACACAAUGUACGUUUCAGUAGGUGCAUUCCAAAGUCCAGAUCCUUUUGUGCAGAUAUUGAGAUUACGUGUGCAUACAGAGGCUUGCAAAGUAUUCAUACCCCUUAAACUUAUACACAUGUUUUCACAUUACAACCACAAAUAUUAUUAAUUAGUUAUGUGUAUUUUAGUAGGAUUUUAUGUAAUAGACUAACACAAAGUGAUGAUGUGAAGUGGAAGGAAAAGGCUACAUACGUUUUCAAUUUUUUUUACAAAUAAAACUGAAAAAUGUGGCGUGCAAAAGUAUUCAGCCCCCCUGAGUCAGUACUUUGUAGAACCAAAUUUUGCUGCAAUUACAGCCGCAAUUCUUUUGGGGUAUGUCUCUUCCAGCUUUGCACAUCUAGAGACUGACAUGUUUGCCAAUUCUUCUUUG